AUGUGGCCACUGAUGCUUUAUGAGGUGGCAGCAACAGUGGUGGAAGGACUGGAGAGAACCAUUAGUAGGCAUUUGCGAAAGUGGCUUGGCGUACCACCCAGCUUCAGCAACAUUGGACUCUAUGGACGAUCAAAUCAACUACAGCUCCCAUUGAGUUCGUUGGGGGAGGAGUACAAGGUGGCAAAGGCCAGACUUGUCAUGACGCUGAAGGAUUCAAGGGAUGACAUGGUUCGAAGAGCAGGUCUUGAGACCAGGACGGGAAGAAAGUGGUCCGCUAGCCAGGCUGUAGCGCAAGCCGAGAGCCGCCUGCGACACAAAGACAUUGUGGGAACAACGGCAGUGGGAACACAAGGUCUUGGCUUUGCGGAGAAGAGUAGUUGGAAGAAGGCGGACAGUAGGACAAGGAGGGAGAUGGUCCAGGCAGAGGUACGUCUGGCCGAAGAAGAAGAUCGAGGCAUAAGGGCAGUGGCAAUGGGGUGCCAGGGUGCUUGGACAAAGUGGCAGACUACAGGAAGGAAGAUGACAUGGGCGGAUAUCUGGCGUAGCGAACCUCUGCGCAUCAGUUUCCUGCUCAGGUCAGUCUACGACCUGCUACCUUCACCAGCAAACCUGCACAGAUGGGGAAAACGUGACGACCCAACCUGCCAACUUUGCGGUAAGAUAGGCACGCUAGAACAUACACUAUCAUCUUGCCAGACAGCCCUUACACAAGGAAGAUACAGGUGGAGACACGACAAGGUCCUCCAAGAACUGGCAGACAUAGUGGAAAGGGAGAGGCGAAAGAAGAGGACUGUGAAAGAGACCAGGAAGAUGCAGUUUGUAAAGGAAGGGGAAACCAUCAAGAAGCAGCAGGCGCAAGCAGCAUCGAUCCUAGAUGGUGCGCAGUCAUGGGAGAUGGUUGUUGACCUGAAACGCAGGCUGGUUUUCCCAAGUGUAGUCCAGACAACACAACGCCCCGACAUGGUGAUCUGGUCGGCAAAGGACAAGUGUCUGGUGAUGGUUGAACUCACAGUUCCUUGGGAGUCGCGCUGUGAUGAGGCGAUGGAGAGGAAAACAAAAAGGAAAAGCACCAUACUGAGCACAGUUGAACCUUAA